CAGAGCGGCUACUUCUGAAGAGCUGUAACCAUGGUGCCAGUCAAUGAAACAGUUCAGUGCUUUGUAGAGGUACUCCUAUCAAAUUUGGCCUCAACCUGUGUGUUGCUUCUGGCCUGCUGCGCUGCUGUCCGCUGGUACAUCCGAGAUUCCUACAAGAUCGGUGGUUUUAGUCAGAAGCACGUGUUUAUCACGGGCUGUGACAGCGGCUUUGGGAACCUCCUGGCCAGGCAGCUGGACCAGAAAGGCUUCAGGGUUAUAGGCGGCUGUCUCACGGAGAAAGGUGCUAAAGAUCUAGCAGCAGCGACGUCCCCCAGACUGAAAACCACCCUGCUGGACGUUACAGACAGCGCGAGUAUCCGGAGUGCCGUGGAGUUUGUGAGCAGAGAGGUGGAGGACCGAGGUCUCUGGGGGCUAGUGAAUAAUGCUGGCAGGUCGGUACCCAUCGGAUCGACAGAAUGGAUGCAACUGGAGGAUUUUGCAAAGGUCUUGGACGUGAACCUGAUAGGGGUUAUUGACGUGACCCUGCAGUUUCUGCCUAUCCUGAAGAAAGCCAAGGGCAGAGUGGUGAACGUGGCAAGUAUUGCGGGGAGGCUUUCCCUCACCGGAGGAGGAUACUGUCUGUCCAAAUGGGGAGUGGAAGCAUUCUCCGACAGCCUCAGGAGGGACAUGCAUCAUUUUGGCAUUAAGGUGAGCAUCAUUGAGCCGGGUUUCUUCAAGACUGGAGUGACCAAUGUGGAUCUCAUCAACGCUGAUCUGAGGCGGCUGUGGACGCGCCUUCCUCAAGAAAUUAAGGACUCAUACAAAGCUACAUACCUAGACAACUAUAUGAGGAUACAGGGCUUCUCUAUGAACAUCCUAUGCUCUCCGGAUAUCUCCAAGGUUACCUGGUGCAUGGAGCAUGCGCUCACCGCCCAGUAUCCACGCACACGUUACGGAGCCGGCUGGGACGCCAAGUUCUUCUGGAUCCCUCUGUCCUACCUCCCUUCAUUUGUGUUUGACUUUGUUGUAAACAUGUUCCUGCCCUCACUUAAAGACACAAGAAACGACUGAAUAAGCUCUUGAUCGGCUGGAUAAAGCAUUCAGCCAGUUUCGGGAUGGGGACCUGAUGAAAGUUGUCCACUGCAUGGAGCACGCCAUCGCGGCCGUCCACCCUCGCAGCCGCUACUCCCCAGGAUGGGACGCCAAGUUCUUCUGGCUGCCCAUGUCGUACAUGCCAACUUGGAUUUCAGAUCAAUUUUUCCUUAGAUACAAUCCCAGACCUAACGUUUCUAUGCUGUAGUUUCUGAAAUGUCUGUGAUUUGAGAAGCACCCUCAGCUGAUUUGAAGACCACUUUUUUGUUUUAUUUUCACAACAAUAAACGUGAUUUACCUACGA